CACCAAAAAAUGUAACCCUAAAAUCAAACCCUAGAAUCGUACCCAAUCCACGUCGUCUCCCUCCUCCUCCUCCUCCUCCUCCUCUUCCUCCUCCACCCCACCGCGCCAUCUCUAACCCUAUACUACCUUCGCGCCCCGCCAAAACCCUAGCGCCUCGCCGGAGCACCGUCGCCGGCGACCGACCGAACCCUCCCUCUCCGAUCUCCGGCGAGGGGCCGCGAUGGAGGCGGAGGAGUCCUCCGCCGCCGCCGCCGCCGCCGCCGCGCGGUGGAGGGACCCGCGGCGAGCCCGUCUCGCCCCGCGCCGCGACCUCAACUCCCAGGGCAUAGCGGGGGAUGCCUCCGCAAGCGGUCCGAGCAAUGCCGAGUUCAUGGAAGGCGACUCGCCGAUCACCGCCGCCGCCGCCGCCGCCGACGACGACGACGACCCGCCGGAAGACGACGACGACGACGACGACGGCUACGACGGCGUGCCGGAGGUGGGCAUGGUGUUCAAAUCCCACCAAGACGCCUCCAAAUUCUACAAGCGCUACGCCCGCCGCGUCGGCUUCGGCGUCUCCGUCCGCAGGUCGUCGUUCACCAAAGAAGGGCUCUGUUUAUACCUAGAAUUGAUGUGCUGCAAGGGUGGGCGUAGGCGCGCCGAGCCCAAGUUCCGGAAACGGACCUCGGCCACCACCAAUUGCCCGGCGAAGAUCCGGGUGAAGCUCUGGGGCGACGGAUUGCUCCAUCUAGAGCUUGCGAGCCUCGACCAUAAUCACCCGGUCAGCCCCUCCAUGGCGCGCUUCUUGAGCUGCUACAAGCAGCUCUCCGGGGCCGCUAAGCGCCGCCCGCGUGCUGCCCCCACCGCUGCUGCUCCGCCGCCGAGCGGAAUGCCAAUUGACAGACUGGGCGAGCUGGAGGCACUGCUCUUCGCGGAGAGCAGGAGUCGGAGCUUUGUGGAGAGAGGGCGUCUGAAGCUCGGAGAGGGCGAUUCGGAAGCCCUCCGUAUAUUCUUUACCAGAAUGCAGGCCAAGAACCCUAAUUUCUUCAGUGUGCUCGAUUUAGACGAGGAAGGAUGCGUGCGCAGCGUGUUCUGGGCCGACGCCCGGUCGAGGGCCGCGUACGAGUACUAUAACGAUGUCGUUAUGCUCGAUACGAGCUACGUUUAUGGUAAGUACGAGUUGCCUCUCGCCACUUUCGUUGGGGUGAACCACCACGGCCAGUCGGUGCUGCUGGGCUGUAGUUUGCUCUCUGACGAGACGGUCGAGACCUACGUUUGGCUGUUCAAGGCGUGGAUAGCUUGUAUGGCGGGGCUUCUGCCGAAGGCUCUUAUAACCGACCACUGUCGGGCCCUUCAGAGCGCGGUCGCUGAAGUGCUCCCGGGUGUUCGGCAUCGCCUUUGCCUGUUCCAGAUAAUGAAGAGAGCUGCUGAGAGAUUGGGAGGGAUGGCGGAGUAUAGAGCGAUCAAUAAGACGAUGCAGAAGGCCGUGUACGACUCGUUGAGAGCAGACGAGUUCGAAGAGGAAUGGAGGCGAAUGAUCGAGAUGUACGGACUCCAGGGGAACGAGUGGCUGAGAUUGCUCUACGAGUGUCGGUACUUGUGGGUCCCGGUUUUCUUGAAAGACGCAUUUUGGGCGGGAAUGUCGGCUACGCAAAGGAACGAGACAGUCACUGCUUUUUUCGAUGGUUAUAUCGACGCAAAGACUUCUUUGCGGCAUUUCCUAAGUAAAUACGAGAUGGCUUUACAGAGUAAGUACGAAAAGGAAGCACAGGCGGAUUUUGAGACGUUCCAUAAACGUCGGCCUGCUGUGUCGAAAUUCUACAUGGAGGAGCAGCUGUCGAAGGUAUACACUCUGAACAUGUUCAAGAAAUUCCAGGAUGAGAUCGAAGCCAUAAUGUAUUGCCAUGCGUCGCUAGUUAGUAUGGAUGGGUCCACCUCUACUUUCGACGUGAAGGAGUGUAUAUUUCUCGAUGAUGGUAAAAGAACCAUGAAUAAGAAUUAUUUAGUCACAUGCGGCACGGAAGAGAAAAAUGUUUAUUGCAUUUGCGGGUCUUUUCAAUUCAGAGGUAUCCUAUGCAGGCAUACUUUGUCGGUGUUCAAAUUGCAACAAGUUCAUGAAAUACCUUCGCAGUACAUUCUCGAUCGGUGGAAGAAGGAAUUCAAGCGGCUGCACGUGAUGGCUCGUUCAUCGAACGACUUUAUUGCUAACAACAGAGUCGAUCGAUACGAUUACUUGUCGAUGCGGUGCCUUCAGCUUGUGGAGGUCGGGGUCUUAUCCGAUAAAUAUCAGCUCGCUCUGAAGUUGAUAAGGGAGGUGGAGAAGUUUCUGCUGAGCGACAGCACGCAUGAUGACACGCAACCAAAGAUAAAACCGCGCGUCACGAAAGCAAAUAAAGUGAAUGCAAGCAGCAACGAAAAUGUGGGAGUGAUCAUGGCUUCUGAAAAUGGGAAUGAGGGGAGGCGGCGUGGUCGAGCGCCGCAAGAGAAAGAACCUCAGGAAGGAGCAAAUCCAAGCAUUGUGCCACCUGGUAGCUAUUUCAGUCUACCUAUGAAUGGCCAACAGAGUGUUUCUAAUCAAGCAGCCACGCGACCGAGCAUUGUUUACAUGUUCCCUGGUGGGUUUGACCCGCAGAUGUUUGGAAAUGGACCAAUGAUGCCGUGGAUCUAUCAACAGAUGUUCCAGGGGGCUCAGAAGCCAAAGGAAACUCCCGGCUCAGGUACAGGGCAAACAGCAAGAAAACGGAGGAUUUAUCGCGGUCAUAAGCCCAUGGAAGCAACGCAAGAACCUAGCGAGCCCCCUGGACCGAUGACUGGCUAGAAUUGGAGCCUCAAAUCACAGAAGAGCACCCUUGAAUGCAAGAUUUUAGGGUUCUGGUGUAGGAAUUCCCUAGUCAGAAUCGCAGAGGAAUGUCUAUAUCAACAGGGAAUCUUGUUCCAGAACACCUUCACCAUUUCCUCGUGAGAGAUCUUAAGAGCGAAGAGUAAUCUUCUAGUCAUUAAGAUCCUAUUAUGGAUUUUUGGCACACGAAAGGGUAGCAGUAUGAUUUUCGAUGGAGAUUAGAAUUCACCUAAGAAAUGAGAAGCUUGCAUGGUGGGAUUAAUCUCUUGAACAAUGUUUUAGUGUGAGAAGGGACAACAAAAAGAAGGGGGGAAAAAAAAAUCCUAUCAUUUGUUCUUUGACUAAUUUUGGGCAAUAUUUGCUCUCUCUCUCAGAAAGGCUGCUAAAGAUAUAUCGAAGCUUCAUCCGUAGUUUUUUCUUCAUCUUUUGUGUAUUGGUGGGCUUGAUUUUUGCAGCUUACAGAUCGAGCCAAAAUAUAUGUAAAUAGUUGUCUCAUCAUGUAACUUUUGUUUUUUUUUUUUUUCUUUUCCUUGGUUUCAUCUCUUGAAUGAAAAAAAUAUUCAUUCAAGUAGAGAUGCCAUCUAAAUUGCACUCAAUUAUAAAUCUUUUUUACACAAUAUUUACUUGUGUUUUGUUGGGUUCCUUU